AUUAUUAUUUAAGCAUUCGAUGCUUCAAAAACCUAGAAAUAAGCGGUCUUAAAAGUAAACCAUAAUUUGUUCUCUCAGAAUACGAAAUAUAAAUCCGUUUAUUCAAUUCCUUUUUUUAUCGGUCUCUUCGCUUCGUCCGCAUUCCUUGGCUUUUUCGCGUCGGCGGAGUGCGGUAACAUUGUUUGCAUUUUCGCUUUUGGCAAAGUAAAAGAUUCGCGCGUGAAAAGAUUCCGCGCUGAAAGAAGUUGACAAACCAACACUUAUCACUAUAAUACGGCAACAACAAUAUAGUUAAAAGUGUUGAAAUAGUGUUGGCCACCAAACGCGUGUAAAUGUGCGCUGGAUCGCGAACCGCCAAGUCUGAAAAAACCGUUUUAUUUUGCACGUCCAAAAAGGCGUGAAAAUUUUCGGCGCCUUUUGAGUUUUUGUCACUGGCUGGCUAGGCUGGCUGGCGUUGUGAAAUUUGCAAAGAACCGUUGCCUCCCUCGCGUGGAUUAAUUAGUGUUGGAAUUUCCGCGAAAAUAAGGUAAAUCUGCCAAUAUGCCGAUUUGCAAGCGGGACGGCUUCGACCUGAAUCAGAAGGAGGGCAAGAACGAAACAUUCCAUGACAACGACCAAGUCUUUUGCUGCUACCUCACCAAGCGCAUUUUUCGCGACUACGACAAUUACUUCCGGCACGUGAUGGUAAUCAACUCCACGGUGUGGCAGUGCGAGGCCACCGGCAAGGACAGCCUCACCUUCGAGGAGGCCCGGAAGAGCGAGCGAGCGGCCCGCAAAAAGAUGGAGCAGUUCAAACAAAGCCUGCGGGCACCCGUGCUACUCGUAGUGGAGCAUGCCCGCCAGUCGGCGGUCAAUACACUGAACUUGCUGGUGGCCAAGUUCCUGCGCAAGCGUUACUUCAUCGGCGAGGAGGUGACGGUGCUGGGCAAGAAGAACACCACCUACAAGGUGGUGGGCAUUAAUAUGAACAAGGCCGUGCCUGAGCCCAGUAAUGGCAUCUACGAGGACACCGAUGCCCUGGUCUAUCGCCUGCGAGCCCUCAAGGGCGAUGCCAGCACAGAGAUCGAUGUGCCCUUCAAUCAGUUGCGACGAGCUCGCUUGGAGUUCAACAUGGAGAACCUGAGCAUGUUCAUCAAGAGCAAUGUCUCUCGCGUGGAUGGUUUGCUGCGACCCAAACCCGAUGCCUACAAGCAGUAUGUCACGGAUCCCGGCGUGAACUUCUCCAGCAUUUUCAUAGGCAAAAUGCCGCGAUAUUCCCCCUCCAAAAUCAAGAAGCCCGAUGCCAAGAAGCAGUCCACUCUAAACAAAUUCAUUGUGACCGAUGAGCAAUCGGCUGCCAAAUCCAAGGCCAAGGCCAAGGCAGAUGCAAAGUCGCUGGCAGAGGAAAUGGAGCGGGUGCGACUGGAGAAGCAGGUGAGGCUGGUGCAAAUGGAACGGGAGAAGGCGGAGAAAAAGGCACAGCUAAUGGAGCGCGUUGAAACCGAAUGCAAUUCGCUGCUCCGCAAGACCGAUGACCUGGAGCGAUCCGAUCAGAAGCUGCUUCCCCGCUACAACCAGAUUGUCACACUCCUGCCCCAGCGACUGCUGGGCGAUGCCUUCAUGAUGCGCGAGUUUAUGCACACGUACGCGGGCCUACUAUCUGGUAUAGAGGUUUUCCGACAGAAUAUCAGCUUCUACGAGAUGACCCGGGCGCUGAGUGCCCGAGAGAUUGCUGGGCCACUGUCUGACAUCCUGCUUGUGCUCCUGGGCACUGUUUUCGAUCUGCAAAAGGAGGAGGAGGAGGAGUGCACGGUGACCUAUCUGGAUAGGAUAUCCCAGCACUCGGAGCCGUAUCGCAGUAUGUCGCAGGCCGCCCAGUGUCACUACUACUCCAAGAGGCACUUCUCCUUCAAGGUAAACGAACUCCCACUGGAUGCAUUGACCCUCAGUGAAGUCCUGCGUCUGCAUUUACUGGGCUCUGGAGCCGUGGUCAACGAGAAGGCCGAGCGUUGGCGGGUGAUGUACCGCAAUGGCUAUUCCUCAAAAGAGGAUCCCGGUCUGGAGCUGCGCUUGAAACACGCUCACAUUUUGCGAGCUUUGAAAAACCAACCCGUUUAUAAACUAAAGUUCAGCGAUAUAAUGCUUUUGAUCCGCUGCCUCAUGUCCCAGAUACUCACCUAUUCGGGAACCAUUAAUCUGAUUGAGGAGCGUCUGGAGCAGAUGGCCAAGGCCAAGCAGGAGCUGCGAGCCCUCGUCUCAAAUGAAAACAAACGUCUUGCCGCCGUGGAGGUCAACAGAAAGAAGCUUAACCAGACGCAUCAGCAGGCCAUUGGAGGCGUGGAGCCCACCAAGAAGGAUGCCAUGGUGGACAAGCUGAACAAGAGCAUUGCCGAACUGCAUGCCCAGUCGGAGCAUCAGCACAGGAAGCACGAGCAGCAGGUUUUGGAGCUGCAUUCGCAGCUUUUUAACUUUCUGGUCUACCUGGGCAUGGAUCGUUGUUACCGGAAGUACUAUGUCCUAGAGUCCAUGCCAGGCAUCUUUGUGGAGCACUCGCCGGAUAGCUUGGACACGUGCCUGGAGCAACCGCCACUAAACAAAUCGCAAACGGAGAUACGGCAUCAGGCUCAGUUACCCAAGAAUCGCAAGGACUUGCGGCUUUAUCUCCUAAAACUGUACGGAGAUGAUGACAAGAAGACCAGGAGAAGCAACAAACAAUCGCUGGAGAAUAAGGAGAAUCAGGAGCAUCGCUUGAAUGGGACUGCAGAGCCCAUGGAAGUGGAUGCAGAUCCUCCCACAGCUCCCACACAAUUCGAAUUGAUGAUGUGCAGCGGCGACAAGCACAACUGCAUUGUUCAUGACCCGAAAAAUGGCCAAAGGCAGCGAUGGUCCUACAUCUACAAGCCGGAGGAGAUCGAUAAUCUAAUAAGGGGUCUCAAUCCCAAUGGUCUAAGGGAAUCGGAACUCCUGCAGGAGCUUACAGUGAUGCGUUCCCUCAUCGAACAGCAUGUGAAGACCUGCCCCGUGGAGGUGCUCCAACUGGAGAGUGAGCCGAUGCGCAAGAAGUUCCUGGCCACCAUGCACUCUGAGACCCAUCGCAAGUACGGUGAGGCCAACUUUGGAGUCCCACCAGACACCGACUUGAAUGAAGUGAUGCGCCUGCACUUGGCGGAUCGCCUACUGCAGUUCGAAACUGAUAUCUACACGGGAGAUCUUGGCAAGCUGAAGGUCAAAGAUAUGGAAAAGUGGCGAAAUGAUUUGCUCACCGGCCACUAUGAUCCCCAGGGUAAGGUGCAGUGGGGACCGGGCGGUAAGCUGGAGGAUGAGGUGGCCAACGGUUCAACAGACAAUGAGUCACAUGAGGAUCAUGCGGAGGUCGGAGAUGAGGAAAAGGAUGGUGCAUUGGUGGGUAAAUACGCCAAAAAGCCAUAUCGCGAUCCUGGCCAUUUUUUGGUGGCCUCCGACGAGGAAGAACCCUCUGCAGCAGAUAGCGAAGAUGAGGUUGAGGAGGAGGAGGCUGUGACUGAUAUACCCAGCGAGGUGCACAACAUGGCCUCGGCUCUGCUUCAAGUGGAGCAGGCCAUUGGUAAGCGUUUCCUCAAGGAACCCUACGGCAUGAAAAAGUGGGAUCCCAAGCAGGAGGCCCAAAAGCUCGCCUGUGAGGCUCGUCUGCAUCAGUGGGAGGUCUCACUGAUGGCCAGCACCAGCUUUGCCCAGGUGUUUCUACACCUGAAUGUCCUGCACGAUUGCAUCCAGUGGCGACGCUCUACCAACAAGUCCCUCUGCAAGGUGUGCCGGCGUGGCAGCGAUCCUGACAAGAUGCUGCUCUGCGAUGAGUGCAACGGCGGCACUCACAUGUUCUGUAUGAAACCCAAGAUGAGGACGGUGCCACAGGGUAACUGGUAUUGCAAGGAUUGCGUCAAGGAUCAUGGCCUGAAGAAUGCCCAAAACGAAAAGGAUAAGAAACAGGCAGCGGCCAAAAAGAAGCGCAAGUUUAUUGUGGAGGACGAGGAGGAUGAUGAGCCCGAAGAAGAAGAGGAUGAAGAGGACGAUAAUGAUGAUGAUGAGGAGGAGGAGGAUCAGGAGGAUGAGGAAGAAGAAGAGGAGGAGACGGCCGAUGACAAGAGCGAGGCCUCAUCACGUACUUCAGUCAAGCUCAAUGGCCGUCCAGCGAGGGGUGUGCGCACAAGUUUACGCGCCAAACGGCUCACAUCCAAAGAAAUCGAUGAGGAGGUCAACGGUGAGGCAGUGGGCAGCGAAGCGGGCGAUGAGGCUUCUUUGGAGGACAACGAAGAGGAGGAGGAGGCCGAAGAGGAAAAGGUCUGUCAAACCUGCUUUUAUGACGGCAGUGAAAUCCGCUGCGUUCGCUGCAGUUUGUACUAUCACCUGGAGUGCGUUCAUCUUAAGCGACAGCCGCGCUCAGAAUUUGUGUGCAAAAAGUGCAAGACCACGGAGACACAACGUCCCAGACGCCGUCAUAGUCACAUGAACGGUGAUAAUGACGACGAUCAUGAUCAGGAUGAGCCGCAGGCCAAACGCUCUCGUUCCUCCCGCAACUCGAUGCGUCUCUCCCUCGACAAGUCCGCCCGCCAGAGCAAUGGCAACAACAACAAUAACAACAGCAGCACCAAUAACAACAACAAUCACCGGCGAAGUGGCCGACGGACGAACGAGAACAACAACCUGCCGUUGAACAGCUCCGCCUUGUACGAUCUGCUGGAGCAGAUCAUGAAGCACAAGGCGGCUUGGCCAUUCCUGCGACCAGUGCUGACAUCGGAGGUGCCCGACUAUCAUCAGAUCAUCAAGACGCCCAUGGACUUGGCCAAGAUCAAGUCCAAGCUAAACAUGGGCGCCUAUCAGCUGAACGAGGAGGUACUCAGCGACAUACAGUUGGUGUUCAAGAACUGCGACAUGUACAACGAGCAAGGCAACGAGAUAUACGAUGCUGGCUGUCAAUUGGAGCGUUUCGUGAUGGGCUGCUGCAAGGAAAUGCAACUGCCAUUCAAGCCCAGCGACAUGAACGAGGGGGAGGCCGCCGCCUGCUGAGCCUGCUGCCAUCGUAGCGCUGAUCUCUGCCAGCCCAGCCGAUCGUGUGUAAAUUAGUUAGCCGUAGUUUCAGUUCGUUCCGUAGGCUUAAGCACAAACAAACAUUCAAUUAUCCUAGACUUAAGUGUACUCUCUAAUCUAUGUUUAAUCUUAGCGAGCAAGUUCAAAGUUCAGCGCAAGCACGCACACACACAAGGCAAGAAAAGCAAAUUCGUUUCUGUUGAUUUUUCGAGACUUUUUAUUUAUGUAUUCAUAAAUUAUUGUAGACACAAGUAUAACACACAGGUUCCACAAUUAAUAAAUGAAGUGAGUGAAAAAGAAA